CCCGUCCCUACGCCGACGCCAUUUCUGUGAGGAAAGAAAGACGGACAAGAAGGAAAGUGAGGAUUCAAUGGAGUCAACUCUUGGGUGCAAUGAGGAAACCAAUAAUAUAGGAAGUAGAACUCCUCUCAAGGUGAUGAUUUUGCUGAAAUCUUGACCUCACUGACAGAUAAGAAAGGAAAAAAGAAAAGCCAAGUAUCUUUACUGCAAUUCAACAUGGAGGAGAAAUUCAACAUGUCGGAGAAAGCAUCUAAAUGCCUGGAGUGUGGACAGAGCUUCACUUAUAGUUCAGGUCUACAUUCACAUCAAAGGACUCACACUGGGGAGAAACCUUAUGCAUGCCUGGAGUGUGGACAGAGUUUCACUCGGAGUUCAACUCUAUAUUUACAUCAAAGGAUUCACACUGGGGAAAAACCCUAUUCUUGCUUGGAGUGUGGACAGAGCUUCACUUGGAGUUCGGAUCUAUGUUCACAUCAAAGGACCCAUACUGGGGAGAAACCCUAUACAUGCCUGGAAUGUGGACAGAACUUCACUCGGAGUUCAAGUCUACAUUCACAUCAAAGGAUUCACACUGGGGAGAAACCCUAUACAUGCCUGGAGUGUGGAAAGAGUUUCACGGAGAGAGGAAAUCUGCGUUCACAUCAAAGGACUCACACUGGGGAGAAACCCUAUAUGUGUCUAGAAUGUGGAAAGGGCUUCACUCAUAGUUCAGGUCUACAUAGACAUCAAAGGACUCACACUGGGGAGAAACCCUAUAAAUGCUUGGAGUGUGGACAGAGCUUCACUGAGAAUGGAAGUCUACGUUCGCAUCAAAGGAUUCACACUGGAGAGAGACCCUAUACAUGCCUGGAGUGUGGACAAAGCUUCACUUCAAGUUCAGAAUUACAUUCACAUCAAAGGACUCAUACUGGGGAGAAACCCUAUACAUGCCUGGAGUGUGAACAGAGCUUCACUCGCAGUUCAGAACUACGUUCACAUCAAAGGAUUCAUACAGGAGAGAAACCCUAUACCUGCCUAGAAUGUGGUAAGAGCUUCACUCGCAGUUCAUAUCUACGUUCACAUCAAAGGACUCACACUGGGGAGAAACCCUAUACCUGCCUAGAAUGCAGAAAAAGUUUUAUUAAGAGUUCAUAUCUACGUACACAUGAAAGGACUCACACUGGGGAGAAACCUUAUACAUGCUUGGAGUGUGGAAAGAGCUUCAAACAGAAUGCACACUUACAUUCGCAUCAAAGGACUCACACUGGGGAGAAACCCUAUAAAUGCUUUGAGUGUGGACAGACCUUCACUAAGAAUGGAAGUCUACAUUUGCAUCAAAGGAUUCACACAGGGGAGAAACCCUAUACAUGCCUGGAGUGUGGACAGUGCUUCACUCGAAGUUCUGAUCUACGUUCACAUCAAAGGACACACACUGGGGAGAGACCCUAUAAAUGCAUGGAGUGUGGACAGAGCUUCACUAUGAAUGGAAAUCUACAUAUACAUCAAAGGACUCACACUGGGAAGAAACCCUAUACAUGCCUGGAGUGUGGAAAGAGCUUCACUAUGAAUGGAAAUCUACGUAUUCAUCAAAGGACUCACACUGGGGAGAAACCCUAUACAUGCCUGGAGUGUGGAAAGAGCUUCACUAUGAAUAGAAAUCUACAUAUACAUCAAAGGACUCACACUGGGGAGAAACCCUAUACAUGCCUGGAGUGUGGAAAGAGUUUCACUACAAAUGAAAGUCUACAUUCACAUCAAAGGACUCACGCUGGAGAGAAACCUUAUACAUGCCUGGAGUGUGGAAAGAGCUUCAUUCAUAAUGGAAGUCUACGUUCACAUCAAAGGACUCACACUGGAGAGAAACCUUAUACAUGCCUGGAAUGUGGAAAGAGCUUCACUCAUAAUGGAAGUCUACGUUCACAUCAAAGGACUCACACUGGGGAGAAACCCUAUACAUGCCUGGAAUGUGGAAAGGGCUUUACUAAGAGUUCCCAUCUACAUAGACAUCAUAGAAUUCACACUAAGGAUUAACCCUAUACAUGCCUGGAGUGUGGACAAAGCUUCACCGAGAAUGGAUGUCUACAUUCAUUUUUGAUUUGAAGUGAUUUUUCACAGUGACCAAGUGGUUUUAUGGCAAUAAUAGGAAACCCACUACACUGACCGGAGCCAGCAUGGUGUUUUGAGAUGGUUUUGAACAAGUGAUUUUAAAGUAGAUGUAACUUAUUUUUGUGUUUGUGUAUACAAAUUGGUACCAGGCUCAUAGACAAUUCAUAGAAUCAUAGAAUCAUUGAGUUGGAAGAGACAUCAUGGGCCAUCCAGUCCAACCACCUGCCAAGAAGAAUUCCUUCCCGGUGAAAGGGUACUCAGGGACAAACUCAUGGUUGUCAACAUCAUAAUGUUUAUUCAUGUAAAAACGUUCUGGAUGUGCCAAGGUUCACAAUGUAUUUACAUGAUUUCUUGUUUGCAACAAUCCAGCAUACCUUCCUCAAAGGCAUCUGUAUUAUUUCACUUACUGUUGGCCUCGGGGCCUUGUAAUGGUUGUUUUUAUGUAUAA